AUGGUCAACUUCACCAUCGAAGAGGUCCGCGCCUUGAUGGACAAGCCCACCAAUGUCCGGAACAUGUCCGUCAUUGCCCACGUCGACCACGGAAAGUCCACCCUCACCGACUCUCUCCUCUCCAAGGCCGGUAUUAUCUCCUCCGCAAAGGCUGGUGAAGCGCGAGCUACAGAUACACGUGCGGAUGAGCAGGAGCGUGGUAUCACCAUCAAGUCCACCGCCAUCUCGCUGUACGGUAACCUGCCCUCCGAGGAUGAUAUCAAGGAUAUCGUUGGCCAGAAGACCGACGGCCGUGACUUCUUGAUCAACUUGAUCGAUUCCCCCGGUCACGUUGAUUUCUCUUCCGAGGUCACUGCCGCCCUCCGUGUCACUGACGGCGCUCUUGUUGUCGUCGAUACCAUCGAGGGUGUCUGCGUCCAGACCGAGACCGUCCUCCGACAGGCUCUUGGUGAGCGUAUCAAGCCCGUGGUGAUUAUCAACAAGGUUGAUCGUGCUCUUCUCGAGCUGCAAGUCUCCAAGGAGGAUCUGUACCAGUCCUUCUCGAGAACCAUCGAGUCCGUCAACGUUGUUAUCUCAACAUACUUUGACAAGUCUCUCGGUGAUGUCCAGGUUUACCCAUACAAGGGCACCGUUGCUUUCGGUUCCGGUCUCCACGGCUGGGCGUUCACCAUCAGACAAUUUGCAGAGAGAUAUGCCAAGAAGUUCGGUGUUGACAGGAAUAAGAUGAUGGAGCGUCUCUGGGGCGACAACUACUUCAACCCACACACCAAGAAGUGGACCAACAAGGGAACGCACGAGGGCAAGGAAUUAGAGCGUGCCUUCAACCAGUUUAUCUUGGACCCUAUUUUCAGAAUCUUCAACGCCGUCAUGAACUUCAAGAAGGACGAGAUCCCAACCCUCCUUGAGAAGCUUUCCAUCAAGCUUGCUGCUGAUGACAAAGAUAAGGAGGGCAAGCAACUUCUUAAGGUCAUCAUGAAGUCUUUCCUUCCUGCUGCUGACGCCCUUUUGGAGAUGAUGAUUCUUCACUUGCCAUCACCUGUGACCGCCCAGAGGUACCGUGCAGAGACCCUUUACGAGGGACCCCCUGAUGACGAGGCCUGCAUUGGUAUCCGAGACUGCGAUCCCAAGGCCCCUCUCAUGUUGUACGUCUCCAAGAUGGUGCCGACCAGUGAUAAGGGUCGUUUCUAUGCUUUCGGUCGUGUCUUUGCCGGUACCGUCCGAUCCGGUCUCAAGGUCCGCAUUCAGGGCCCCAACUACACCCCUGGCAAGAAGGAUGAUCUUUUCAUCAAGGCUAUUCAGCGUACCGUCCUCAUGAUGGGUGGCAAGGUCGACCCUAUCGAUGAUGUUCCAGCCGGUAACAUUCUGGGUCUGGUUGGUAUUGAUCAGUUCUUGCUGAAGUCCGGAACUCUCACAACCAGCGACACCGCCCACAACUUGAAGGUCAUGAAGUUCUCCGUCUCGCCCGUCGUCCAACGGUCUGUCGAAGUCAAGAAUGCCCAGGAUCUUCCCAAGCUCGUCGAAGGUCUUAAGCGUCUCUCAAAAUCCGAUCCUUGUGUGCUGACUUUCAUCUCGGAAUCCGGUGAGCACGUCGUUGCUGGCGCCGGUGAGUUGCACUUGGAAAUUUGCUUGAAGGAUCUUGAGGAAGAUCAUGCUGGUGUUCCGCUCCGCAUCUCCGACCCUGUCGUUGCCUACCGUGAGACUGUCACUGCCAAGUCCAGCAUAACUGCUCUCUCCAAAUCACCCAACAAGCACAAUCGUAUCUACAUGAUUGCUGAGCCUAUGGAUGAGGAGCUGGCCAAGGAAAUCGAGGCUGGCAAGAUCGGCCCCCGUGACGAUAUCAAGGCUCGUGCCCGUAUCAUGGCCGAUGACUUCGGCUGGGACGUUACCGAUGCCAGGAAGAUCUGGUGCUUCGGUCCUGACACUAACGGCGCCAACUUGCUGAUUGAUCAAACCAAGGCUGUUCAAUACUUGAACGAAAUCAAGGAUUCCGUCGUAUCUGGUUUCCAGUGGGCUUCAAGAGAAGGCCCGGUUGCCGAGGAGCCAAUGAGAUCUUGCAGAUUUAACAUCAUGGACGUUACUCUUCAUGCCGAUGCUAUUCAUCGUGGCGGUGGACAAAUCAUCCCAACAACCCGUCGUGUCCUUCUUGCCGCUACCCUUCUUGCCGAACCUGGUCUCCUCGAACCCGUCUUCUUGGUCGAAAUCCAAGUUCCCGAAAGUGCCAUGGGUGGUGUCUACGGUGUCCUUACCCGAAGACGUGGUCAUGUCUUCAACGAGGAGCAACGCCCAGGAACCCCUCUCUUCACCAUCAAGGCUUAUCUCCCUGUCAUGGAGUCUUUCGGGUUCAACGCAGAUCUCCGCUCGCAUACUUCCGGCCAAGCCUUCCCACAGUCCGUCUUCGAUCAUUGGCAGCUUCUUCCCGGUGGAUCACCUCUCGACGCAACCUCCAAGGUUGGCCAAAUUGUACAGGAAAUGCGUAAGCGCAAGGGUAUCAAGGUCGAGGUACCUGGUGUUGAGAACUACUAUGACAAGCUAUAG